AUGAAAAUACUUUCAGCAUUCCAAAAGACUGCAAAGAUUUUCAACAAUAAUAAUAAUAAUAAUAAUAGUUAUUAUUUAAAUAAAUUAUUUUAUUCAAAUAAUUCAAUUCCAACAAAAAAUAUACAAAUUAGUCCAGAAGAAAAUAAAUUAUUUGAUUUUUUAAAAAACAUAUUAAUUUUCAAUAAUAGAAAUGAUAUUGAAUUAAGAGUUGCAGGUGGUUGGGUUAGAGAUAAAUUAUUAGAUAAUCAAAAACAACAACAACCUCAACCUCAACCACAACCACAACAACAACAACAAAUAAAAGAUAUUGAUAUUGAUAUUGAUAUUGCAUUAAGUAAUAUUUCAGGUACUAAUUUUAUAAAAUUAAUAGAAGAAUUUAAAAUUAAUAAAGAAUCUUUUAAAAAAUAUUUAAUAAAAAGAAAUCCAGAGAAAUCAAAACAUUUAGAGACAGCAUCAAUUAAUAUUCAUGGAUUUCAAAUUGAUUUCAAUUCAUUAAGAAACUGUUUAAGAAGAGAUUUAACAAUAAAUUCAUUAUUUUAUAAUUUAAAUACACUAAAGAUUGAAGACCAUUCAGGAUAUGGGUUAAGUGAUCUUGAGAAUUCUAUAAUUCGUACACCAUUGGAACCACUGAAAACACUACUAGACGACCCGUUAAGAGCAUUCAGAGUGAUCAGAUUCGCAAGUAGGUUUCAAGGUUUUCAAAUAGAACAACAACUUUAUAAUACAAUUAAAUUCAAUCUUAAUAAACAACUAAUUUCAAAUAAAGUUAGUAAAGAAAGAAUCUAUAAAGAAUUUCAUUUAAUGAUGUCAAACAAGUCAUCAGUAAUUCAAUCAAUUGAUUAUUUAAUCGAUACUGGUUUAAUUAAUUCAAUUAUUGAUUUUGAUAAAAUUAUAAAUGACCAUGAAAUUAUUAAAGAAUUAUUUAAAAAAUCUUUAAAAUAUUUAAAAAUAUUAAUUAAUCAAAAUAAUAAUAAUAAUGAUAAUUUAUUUAAUAUUGAUUUUUAUAAAUGUUGUAUAUUUUUACCAUUUUUUAUUGAUGCUCAUUUAGGAUUUAAAGAUAAUACUUCAAAAACUAUAAAAUCAUUAAUUAAUUAUCAAUUUUCAACAAAUACUGGUUCAACUUUAAAUAUAUCAUUACUUUUUAAUAAUUUAAUUUCAUCAUUUUUAAAUAUUAAUAAUGAUACAAAUAAUAAUACAAAUAAUAAUACAAAUAAUAUUAAUCAAUUAAAAGAUUUUAAAUUAUAUUUAAAUAAUUUAAAUGAUAAAUCAAAUUUAUAUUCAAUUUUUCAUGAACUUAAAAAUUGUAAAGCUGGUGGUUUACAAUGGAAUUUUCCAUUAAAUAUUUCAAUAGUUUAUUUAUUAGAGAAAUAUCCAGAUAGAGAGAAUGAAAUUUUAGAUGUAUUAAAUCAAUUAACUAAACUUUUUAGUGAUGAUAAUUUCACUUUUGAAAAGGUUUCUUUAUUAGUUGAUGGAAGGAAAAUUAAAAAUUUAUUCCCAGAUCAAUCUAUUGAUAUUACCAAUUUAAUGAAAUCAAUGACAAUUUUACAAUAUGAAAAUCCAAAUUUUAAAGAAGAUGAUAUUUUAAAAUGGAUAAAUAAAAAUAUAAAAGAUUUUAUUUUAAAAAUUUAA